UUAAAGGAAAAGGCGAGAUUUGUCCGGCUACUGAACGCGUCCUUUUAUCGCGCCACAGUCAAGAAGUGAGUUUAGGCUGUGAAUACUCCCUCCUUAAUGUGGGUUUGUUGCAAAUAAGGAGGUUAAUUGGACUUGAGGACUUGUUGGCUUCCUUUCUCCGGCUUUUUUUAUUUUUACGCGCUGGGCUGUUUGCGCACCUGAGACCGCUGCUCAAGCCCGUGCAGCGCCAACAUGACUUUGACGCAUCCGAGCAUCUGAAACUAUCAUGGUGACAUUAUUCCCGGAGGACAUUGGCGCUGUGGUGAACCUCGGUGAAUGCGCAGUCUCCCACUGUGGAAUAGCCGAGUCCAGGUGUCUCCAGUGGGGAGCUGAUGUGGCCGUUUGGAGGAGCCAGCCGGGAUUUGACAGAGCGCAGGAGUUUGGGAUGCAAGAGAGACCUUAGAGAGACUGUCCUCGGCUUCUUUUAGCUGGAUUCAACGUCGGGCUGCCCGGAGCCAUGGCCUCUGAAGUGGUGUGCGGGCUGGUCUUCAGGUUACUGCUGCCACUAUGUCUUGUGGCCGCUUGCCUGUUCAGGUACAAUGCCCUGUCCUUCGUCUACCUCAUCUACCUCCUGCUUAUUCCACUCUUCCCAGAGCCCACAAGCACAACAAUGCAAGGCCACACAGGGCGUCUGCUGCAGUCUCUGUGCUUCACCAGUAUGUCCUUCCUGCUGCUCCACAUCAUCUAUCAGAUUACCAUCAACAGCCUCGUGGCCGGGAACUACACCAUCGCCUCCGACUGUUCUACAUUGGAGAAAUCCAUAAGACAAAUUGGCUUUGAGAGCGUGAUCGGUGCAGAUGCGGGGAACGGCAUCCGUGUCUUCAUCCCUGACAUCGGCAUGUUCGUGGCGGGCCUGGCCAUCUGGCUGCUGUGUCGCAGUCUGGUCCAGAAGAGGCCGCCUGAGGACAUGGCCCAGUACAACGCAGACUUCGAAGCGGAGGAACAAGAGGAAGAGGAGAAGCUGAGCCUGGACGACAACAUCCUGCUGGAGGAGGACCUGGAAGCCGGGUACGAGGCGGAGGAGGACGACGACGAGCUGGAGUACGAGGAGGAGGAGGAGGAGGAGGACGGGGAGUACGAGGAGGAGGAGGAGGAGGAGGCGAAAGAGAGCACAAAGAUGAAGAUUCUGCGGCUCGUGGCGCAGGUCGCUUCCAAAGUGAAGGAGGUCAUCGGGAACUUGAUCACCACCGCGGGGAAGGUGGUGGUCACGAUCCUGCUGGGUAUGACAGGAAUCAUUCUGCCCUCGCUGACUUCGUUUGUUUACUUCUCCAUCUUCCUGUUCCUGUGCACCUGGUGGUCCCUCUGCAAGACGUUCAACACGCUCCUCUUCAGCUGCAUGUGCGUCCUCAUGGCCAUCUUCAGCGCCGGGCACCUCAUCGUCCUCUACCUCUACCAGUUCCAGUUCUUUCAGGAGUCCAUCCCGCCGGGCGACAGCUACAUCAGCGUGUUUGGCAUCUCCCCGAUCAUCCAGAGCAACUGCUCCUACACCUGGAAGAUCAUCGUGCACCCGCAGACCCAGUGGUUCCACUUUGUCAGUCCCAUCAUGCUGCUGAUCCUCUAUUACACCCUGGCCACGCUCAUCAGGCUCUGGCUGCAGGAGCCCGUCGAGGAGAUGAUGGACGACAAGGAUGAAGACUUGUGCGAGGAGGAGCAGGCCGGAAACAGAACAAACAGCUCGGCCAACAGGAAGCGGCAGAUGUGGUGGGAAUCACGUCAGGGCACGGACGAGAAAAACCUGCUCUCCACCCAGGAUGGCAUCAGUACAACCGAGGGUGUGCCCACCUCGAACGGGACGUCCUUUGACUUCGUCGCGACCGAGAAUGGACCGGUCUGUCUGGACUUGUACUCCACCCCCCAGUAUAAAAUGGACCAGGCCAGUGAUGGCACAGAGAAGAAAGACGAGUGUGUGUAUGAAGUGUGCUUACCCCCGGAGGACUCAGUGUUGAAGGAGUCCGACACCGAGGAGAACGAGAUAAAGAAAAGAGGAGUCGGCGCGAUGGUCAAAAUCUUCCACUUCAUCAUGAAGCAGAGCUACAUCUGUGCUCUGAUAGCCAUGAUGGUGUGGAGCAUCACAUACGUCAGCUGGCUGUCCUUCGUCUUCCUCAUGUGGUCGUGUGCUCUGUGGAUGGUGCGGGACCGGAGGCGCUACGCCAUGCUGUCGUCUCCCUUCAUGGUUGCCUACGGCAACCUGCUGAUCGUGCUCCAGUACAUUUACAUGUUCGAGAACAUGACAGAAGUUUCGGGGAUUUCUGUCAAGAAGAACAACCCGUUCCACUCGCUCUCUUCAAAGGUCCUGUGCAUGCUGAGCUUCUGGCUGCUUCUGAGACAAACGCUGACAGAGAGACAGGAAAAACAAAAAGAGGACGCCGCGAGUCUCUCAGACGUUCACGUGGAGGAUGAGAAGAAGAAGAAGGAGGAGGACUCCGAGGAGGGGGAAGAGCAGGACAUCAUGCAGGUCCUGGGUAAUAUGCUGAUGGCCAUGCUGGUUAAAUACUGGAUCUACAUCUGUGGCGGCAUGUUCUUCUUCGUCAGCUUCGAGGGAAAGAUCGUCAUGUACAAGAUCAUGUACAUGAUGAUGCUCCUCUUCUGCGUGGCGCUCUACCAGGUGCACUACGAGUGGUGGCGAAGGAUCCUGAGAUACUUCUGGAUGUCAGUGGUGAUGUACACCAUGCUGGUCCUCACCCUGGUCUACACCUCCCAGUUCAAUGGGUCGGUGGAAAACUGGUCCAAGAUGCUGAAUAUGCACGAAGAAAGCUUAAAGGACCUGGGCAUUGAGAAAUUCGCACUGGGCAUGCUGUUCACGCGGAUUUGCAUCCCCACUUCCUUCCUGCUGGUGUGUAUUCUCCACCUGCACUACUUCCACGACCGCUUCCUCCAGCUCACCGACCUCCAAGCUGUGGUAGCUAAAGAGGAGAGCACUAUCUACAGGCUGGUGAGCACGGACGGGAGCCUGGCAGACCUCACGCUGCUCAGCGCCAGCUCCGUGGACGCGGUGCUGCUGAGGCACAGGGAGGAGCCGGGGCCGGAGGAGCAGGGGGACUGGGGCUCAGAGAAGGAGAAGGAGCAGGCCCUGGUGGUGGUGAUGGACGAAACUGACGCGGCCGGCGAGAAGCCCAGGAGCUUCUCCGACACGCGGCAGUCCAGCACCGACGAGAGCCACCACUGCAGCGCCAAGACGGAGCCGGAGCCGAGCACCGAGCAGAGCUCAGAUCUGAAGAGCAAAUGGCACCUGGUGGUCGACCGUCUGACGGUGCUCUUCCUCAAGUUUCUGGAGUAUUUCCACAAGCUUCAACUAUUCAUUUGGUGGUUGCUGGAGAUCCACAUUAUCAAGAUCGUCUCCUGCUACAUUGUUCUGGUUUCUCUCAAAGAGGUAUCUUUGUUCAACUACGUGUUCCUGGCGUCCUGGGCCUUCGCGCUGCCCUACAGCCAGUACAGGCCCCUGGCCUCCAGCGUGUGCUCUGUCUGGACGUGUGUUAUCAUCGUAUGUAAAAUGUUGUACCAGCUGCAGUCGAUAAAACCUGACAACUACUCUCCACAAUGCCUCAUGCCAGGCAACUACACAGAGGCGCAGAAGACUUAUAUGAAUAAGUCUCUGCUGUAUAACAGUUCUGUGGAUCCAGCCAACUGGGUGGGGAUGGACAAGACUAAAGACCUGCUGGGCUACCUCAGGAACAACCUUCUGAUGCUGGCUCUGUUGGCAUUUGAGGUGACCAUCUACCGCCACCAGACGUAUUUCAGACUGAGGAACAAACUGUCUCCUCCCGCCGCCAGAAUCAUCUUCCACGACAUCACCCGGCAGCACCUGGACAUCGGCAUCGUCUGUUUCGUCAAAUACUUCAUCAACUAUUUCUUCUACAAGUUUGGGCUGGAGACGUGCCUGCUGCUGGUGGUCAACGUCAUCGGGCAGCGGAUGGACUUCUACGCCAUGCUCCACGCCUUCGCCCUGAUAGCCGUCAUGUCCAGGCGGAGGAGGAAAGCCAUCGCUGAGAUCUGGCCAAAGUACUGCUGCUUCCUGGCUUGCAUGCUCACUUUCCAGUACUUCAUCUGCAUCGGGAUCCCGCCUGCAGCCUGUAAAGAUUAUCCCUGGAGGUUUCCCAAUACCUUCACAGACUCCAACGUGAUCAAGUGGCUCUAUAUUCCAGAUUUCCGCACCCGGCCUGAUCCGUGGUUCCUCCUCUACGACUUCAUGUUGCUGCUCUGUGCCUCUCUCCAGAGGCAGGUCUUUGAGGAUGAGAACAAGGCGGCCGUUCGCCUCAUGGCCGGGGACAACGUGGAGAUCUGCAGAGACCUGGACGCCGCCUCCUUCAGCGUCCACAACCCCGUCCCCGACUUCAUCCACUGCAGGUCCUACCUGGACAUGCUGAAGGUCAUCAUGUUCAGCUACCUGUUCUGGUUUGUCCUCACCAUCAUCUUCAUCACCGGCACCACUCGUAUCAGCGUCUUCUGUAUGGGCUACCUGGUGGCCUGCUUCUACUUCCUGCUCUUCGGGGGCGAGCUGCUGCUGAAGCCGAUCAAGAAGAUCCUCCACUACUGGGACUUCCUGAUCGCCUACAACAUCUUUGUGAUCACCAUGAAGAACAUUUUGUCCGUCCUGGCCUGUGGCUACAUCAACUCCCUGAUUGAGAAGCAGUGCUGGUUAAUCCAGUUGUUCAGCCUGGCGUGCACCAUCAAGGGAUAUGAAAUAAAUAAAGACCAGCUAUCCCGACCUGCCGAUCAGGUCUGCGAGCUUCCCAGCAACGAGGCCGGGAUCAUCUGGGACAGCAUCUGCUUCGUCUUCCUGCUGCUGCAGAGACGAGUGUUCAUGAGCUACUACUUCCUCCACGUGGUGGCAGACAUCAGAGCGUCGCAGAUACUCGCCUCCAGAGGGGCAGAGCUCUUCCAGGCCACCAUAGUGAAGGCGGUCAGAGCCAGACUGGAGGAGGAGCACAAGUCUGUGGAGCAGCUGAAGAGACAGAUGGAGCGCAUUAAGGUGAGGCAGCAAAAGUUUAAGAGGGGCAAGGAGAAGCUGCUGAACCGGGUGCAGGAGUCUGGAGACGGACAGACGCUCGUCCAGGAGGAGGAGGAGGAUGACGAUGACGGAGCACAGCGAACGAAAGCCAAGACCAAAAAAAAGCAGUGGUGGAGGCCUUGGGUUGACCAUGCUUCCAUGGUUAGAAGCGGAGACUAUUACUUGUUUGAAACUGACAGCGAGGAGGAAGAAGAGGAGGAGGAGAAAAAAGACGAGGAGCCGCCAAAGAAGUCGGCGUUUCAGCGAGCAAUUGGGAAGUUUGUCUCUGCUGUCCUGGCUUUACCCAGGUCUAUUAUUAAGCUGCCUAAAACUGUGCUGCAGUAUGUAGUCAAGGCAGGCAAGUUUCUUUACCAUGCCUGGAUCAAAGACCCCAAAGCUGCUCUGAGGGCGCGGAGCAAAGAGAAACGCAAAUUUUGGAGGAGAUACACCAAAGGAGUCAGACACAGGAAAAGCAAGAAAGAUCCGGGUCAUGUGACCAUAGAUCUCGGGGAGCUGUCCGAUGGGCAAGAAAAAGGGGAAGAGAACAAGAAGUCUGGUGGUCCAGACAACAUCAUCAAGAGAGUGUUCAACAUCAUAAAGUUCACCUGGGUGCUCUGCCAGACCACCGUCGACAGCUUCACUAAGUGGAUGAAUGAGAUGUGCAGGGAGUACAUAGACAUCUCCACCGUGCUGCGUUUGGAGCGCUGCAUGCUGACCCGAGAGGUCAAAAAGGGCAAUGUGCCGUCCAGAGAGAGCAUCCACGUCUACUACCAGAAGGCCAUGAGACUCAACAUGUCCAGACAGGCCAGUUUGGAUCAGCUGAGCGAAGACGGGUCGGUGUUGGGCUCCACCCGAGUCCGAAGGAGGCGAGGAGGCUACCCGAUGGAGAGUCAGGACUCCACGGCCUCCAGAGACAGCAUGUCCAGUGCCUACACUGAGGCCACCACUCUGAUUUCUCGCCAAUCCACCCUGGAAGACAUGGACGCAAUGCCAGAGUACAUUCCCAAAACCAGCGAGCGCGCCCGGGCCAAACUGCGUAAGGUGUACAGCAUGGAUGUGUCCAUGUCGUCAGUGGACAGCGGCAGCAGCUUCAUAUCCAGUGAACCCACCCAGUCUGUCAUGCUCUACUCCAGACAGGGAACCACAGACACCAUAGAAGAAGUGGAGGAUGAGCAGGAAGACGGGCUGCAGGGCCCCUGGGAUUCCCAACGGUUGGAUGAGAGUCAAGUAGCCGAGCCCGAGCCCUGGACUGAUGUAGAACCGAGGGAGGUAGAAGAGGAGGGGGAGUGGGGCGAAGGGCAGGAAAGAGUGGAGGAUGAGGAGGGAAUGGAGGACGAGGAAGGCCUGGAGGCUGAAGACAGGUUAGAGGACGAGGAAGGCCUGGAGGCUGAAGACAGGUUAGAUCACGAGGAAGGCCUGGAGACUGAAGACAGGUUAGAGGACGAGGAAGGCCUGGAGGCUGAAGACAGGUUAGAUGACGAGGAAGGCCUGGAGGCUGAGGGCAAGGAAGGCCUGGAGGCUGAGGACAAGGAAGGCCUGGAGGAUGAGGACAGAUUAGAGGACGAGGAAGGCCUGGAGACUGAGGAUAGGGUAGAGGACGAGGAAGGCCUGAAGGCUCUGGACAGGUUCAAGGCCGAGGAAGGCCUGGAUGGCGAAGACAGGUUAGAGGACGAGGAAGGCCUGGAGGGUGAGGAGAUACCGGAGGGUGUGGAAGUACAAGACAAUCAGGAAAGAGACAUGGCUCCCUGGGAGUCCUUCUGCCCAGAUGAGGGCCCCUCCUCAAGGCCGGAGGAGGUAGAGUCUUCCCGUUCAAUGCAGAACAACGACUUCAUCAUCGAGAGCGAUGACGGGGGAGGAGAGCAGGACUUCAUGCAGAGAGAACCUCACUCGGGGCUGCUCUUCACGCCCGACACAGACGCUUCCAAAACGUCUGACGCCGACGUGCCUCCCAGCUACAGCAAGGCGGUCAGCUUUGACCGUCUGGAGGUCAGCGAUGACGAGAGCGACUCGUACAGGAAGAGGCGCAUGCUCAUGACCUCUGACAGCCGCUCGGACAGCAGGUCGGACAUCAUGUUGCCCUCGAUGACCACUGAGCUGACUGCCAGCGAACUGCUGCUCAACAAGAUGUUCUACGAUGACGAGCUGGAACAGUCGGAUAAGUUCUACCAAACCCAGCCUCUCAUCCUCCAGCUGUGCUACGCCUUCUACAACAUGCUGGUGGCUCACUCGGAGCUGGUGUGCUACCUUGUCAUCAUCAUCAACCACAUGGUGUCGGCCUCCUGCGUCACCCUGGUGCUUCCCAUCACCAUCUUCCUGUGGGCCAUGCUGUCCGUGCCGCGGCCCAGCAAGCGCUACUGGAUGACGGCCAUCGUCUUCACUGAGGUCACCAUCGUCAUCAAGUACUUCUUCCAGUUCGGCUUCUUCCCCUUCAACCAGAACAAGAUCGAUAAGAAUAAACCAUUCCACCCUCCCAACAUCAUCGGCGUGGAAAAGAAAGAUGGCUACGUCCACUAUGAUCUGGUCCAGUUACUGGCUCUCUUCUUCCACAGGUCCAUCCUGAAGUGUCAUGGCCUGUGGGACGAGGACGACCCCAAGGGGAGGAAAGAGGCCCUUCGCCAGAGCGAGUCCGAGGAUGAGGGCAAAGACCAGGAGGAGAGCGAGAAGGAGUCCGAACCUGCCUCGUCGCUCAUCAACGAGAGGAGAGGAUCCAAUCACACCCUGAAGUCCAUCAACUUUGGGACCUCCAUAGAUUCGGGGCACGUCCAGGUUCACUUCCCGCAGCAGCAGACCCAUCAGCGGCGCAAGAGCUCCAGCGGAUGCUCGCACAUUUCUCAUCCAUCGAUCCAUUCUUCUGCAAGGUCCAAGAGAGGAAGCACCGCUUCCCACAACAGCAGCCGUAAGGACGGCAGCGUGGCCAGCAUCCACCAGAAGACCCGCAAAGAGAUGAUCAUAAAGAAACUUAAGGAGCAGCUCUUCAAAGCGAAAGCGUUCAUCAUAAAGCGGUUUAUGGAGAUCUAUCUUCCCAUAAGGCAGUUCUUCUACAACUUGAUCCAUCCAGAGUACAGCGCAGUCACAGACGUCUACGUGCUGAUGUUCCUCGCAGACACAGUCGACUUCAUCAUCAUCGUGUUUGGAUUCUGGGCGUUUGGUAAACACUCGGCGGCGGACAUCACCUCCUCUUUGUCAGAGGAUCAGGUGCCGGGGCCCUUCCUGGUCAUGGUCCUGAUCCAGUUUGGCACCAUGGUGGUGGACCGGGCCCUCUACCUCAGAAAGUCUGUUAUGGGCAAAGUCAUCUUCCAGGUCAUCCUGGUCUUUGGUAUCCACUUCUGGAUGUUCUUCAUUCUGCCUGCCGUCACACAAAAGCGCUUCAGUGAGAACACAGUGGCCCAGAUGUGGUAUUUCGUCAAGUGCAUCUACUUCGGUCUGUCGGCCUAUCAGAUCCGCUGCGGUUAUCCCACCCGCGUCCUGGGAAACUUCCUCACGAAGAGCUACAAUUAUGUCAACCUCUUCCUGUUUCAAGGCUUCCGCCUGGUGCCGUUCCUGACGGAGCUGCGAGCCGUGAUGGACUGGGUUUGGACCGACACCUCGCUGUCUCUGUCCAGCUGGAUCUGUGUGGAGGACAUCUAUGCUCACAUCUUCAUCCUGAAGUGCUGGAGAGAGUCUGAGAAGAGGUACCCCCAGCCUCGAGGCCAGAAGAAGAAGAAGGUGGUCAAGUACGGGAUGGGAGGGAUGAUCGUCGUGCUGCUGAUCUGCAUCGUCUGGUUCCCGCUGCUCUUCAUGUCCCUCGUAAAAUCUGUAGCGGGAGUCGUCAACGCUCCGCUGGACGUCUCGCUCACGAUCACCCUGGCUGGCUUCCAGCCGAUCUUCACGAUGAGCGCGCAGCAAAAACAACUGCAAAUCGUGGAAGAACCUGAGUUUAGCAAAUUUAAGAACUUGUAUUCUCGCGAGGAUAAUGCCAUGCAGUGGCUGGAGGGCUACAUGAAAGAGGACCUGAUCAUCGCUAAGCUCAAAGGCAGCUCCAACUCUCUGUGGACCAUCAGUCCUCCCAGCAGGGCCAACCUCAUAGACAUGCUCAACUCCAACGAGGAUUUCCCCAUCACCGUUUCAUGGGCUGUGCAAAGAAACCUCAGCCUCGGCGCCAAGGCUGAAACAGCAUAUGGGAAAAAAGUGACUAAUCUGGAGGAAAACACGAAGCAGGAGCUCAUAAGGCUCCUAAAUGGGACAGGAAGCAGCUUACAAGUGACCCUGACUGAUAUCUUCCCUCGCUUUAUUCGAGCACCAAGCGACUCGGACGCCACGCCUGUAGAGCAGCUGUAUAAAGAAGAUGAGAAGUUUGAAAUAAACCUGUCCCUGAAGCGAGCUCAGAAUUACUCCGAUCAGAUCCAGGAGUGGUGGAUCGUCAACCAGACAAGGCCUGGGCCCAUCGAGAUGAAGGAACAGAAAUACAGAAAUGAGGCUGGCCUCGACGUCUACAUAUUCAGCGACCAAGUCAGCCCGCCCAGUCUGGGCUUCCUGGCUGGAUACGGUAUCAUGGGCCUCUACGCGUCCGUCGUCCUGGUCAUCGGGAAGUUCGUGCGCGAGUUCUUCAGCGGCAUCUCCCACACCAUCAUGUUCGAGGAGCUGCCCAACGUGGACCGCAUCCUCAAGCUGUGCACCGACAUCUUCCUGGUCCGAGAGACGGGCGAGCUGGACCUGGAGGAGGACAUGUACGCCAAGCUCAUCUUCCUCUACCGCUCGCCAGAGACUAUGAUCAAGUGGACCCGGGAGAAAACUCAGUGAGGGGAGGGUGGGGGGGGUGGUGGGCAGGGGGCGGGGCUGGGCUGGGCGUGGGGCGCUAAUGAACGAAGAUGAAUCAGAGCUUUUUUCAGAGGCGCUGCGUGGUGGCUCUCUCUCUCUCUCUCUCUCGGCGUGAGCAGCUAUUUCCGCCCACGAAGCAGCCGAGGACAAACUUCGUCCCCCUCAGCUGAGCUCAGACGGCCUUGAUGCAGUGUUAGCUCCACACAAACUCUUUUCUCAGUUCUAAGCUGAUAUUUUUUACUAUUUAAUGACAACAACGGUGACAGAUUAUUUAAAAUCGAGCACAAAUUUGCAGGUGCUGUACAUAUCUCGCUAAAGUUUGGCCUCCGGUGGAUGAAACAAGCAGUUUUAAAUAUUUUAGGACAGUUUUCCUAAGAUGUAAAAAAGUCUUAACCCCUAAUAUGAGACUUUUUUUUUUUUUUUUUAAAUCAAAUAAACCCCUCAUUGCUACCUGCCUCAAACAUUUUCACAAUCGCAUGGAAGGUGGAGAGAAAACAGCUGCAGCAUUACUCUUUAAGGGCUUCCCACCGACAGAUAAGUGCACAACAAUGACCACAAGAGCACAAUCUCAGAUUUUCUCCAACUGGAACGUUUGGAUCGUGGGACUGUGCAAUACUGAGCUCCAGGCUCCUCCAAGUCUUUGGAAGGAUGUGGAGCGAAUGAAAACAUGGAGCUUAAAGACAUCCUGUUUUUUUGGUUUUUUUUGUCUGUUUCUCUGUUUGUUUUUUAAAUGUCAGAGGCCACUCUGGAGACAAAAUGCGGAAAACAUUAUCAGACAAUCUUGCCUUAUUUUGUUCCAUAUCUGUCUCAGGAAGAGCUGUUUUCACAGAUAUUCAUCGUAUAUGUUACAAUAUGUAGGCUUUGAUGGAUCUUAAAAGAACACGAGAUUGUAGAAAUGACGAGAACUAUUUAAAUGGCAUGAAAUAUUAUGGACUGAGCGUGUUUACAGCACAGGGACUGCGGUCAUCGCGGCCGUAUAAAGGGAAGAAAAAUGAUCACUCCGGACUCCUGCCGCCGCCGCAGAGAUCCGUCAGCAACCACCUGCAGGUCGGUCGGAGUCGAGAUCUGUUUCUGAAUCAGGGUAACGUGCAUUAGGAGGUUGACCCUUGCACUACAUCGCUUUGUCGGGGCCCCACCGCUGUGCAGGCGAGCUAAACGGAUUCCUCAACACGAAGGGCUGAGACCCUUUGGUCCCAACUAUGCAUUAGAGGACUUUGUAGCAUGAGUGACAAACUUCAUUAUUGCCAUGACUAAUUUUCAGUACAUGUACAUAAGGGGAGGGGAGGGCGGGGGAGGGGGGGUUAAACGCUGAGAGGACAGGAGGCGGAGCAAUGAAAUGUGAAACCUUACCUGUAUGUUUAAGGUAAUGUGGUAUGGUAGAGGUCCAGAGAUCUGCAAAUAAAAUGUCUGGAAAGGUG